AUGCCUUCCUCAGCCUCCAACGUACAAAAGUACUCGGAUGAGGAAAUUUCACAGCUGGAAAAGCUCGCCAUCGAGCUUUCCGGGGCUGUCAAACGGAUACGCGCAGAAAAUCAGACCACCAAAGCUAGUUACAACGAUGCCCCUCGCCAGCAGGCUAUGAAGGUAGCCGAUGACAUCCAAUACCUGCUGCGCGGGCCCAAAGAGUAUAUGCGGGACAGUUGGUUGUUGCAAAUGGUCGUUGCCGCAUUGGUUGCCUUUGAGGAUUUCAAAGGUUUUGAUCAUAUACCCACAGAGGGUGCCAUCUCGUUUGCCGAAAUGGCCAAGAAGCUCAACGCAGAUGUAAAUUUAAUACGUCGCAUAACAAACCCUCUGGUAGCCAGCAAAGUCUUGAAGCUGGUCGAUGGAGAUAAAAUCGCCCACAGCACACGGUCCAGGUCCUUGAUCGGUAUUCAACAGGCCCGGGGACACGAUACUGUAUUCAACAAGUAUGUGCACCCAGGAGCGCUGGCCAUGCCGUCUUACUUUGCAAAGUAUGGGCGCAAGGAGCCGACCACCAGACACCAUACGCUCUUUACCUUUGCACAAGGCUGCCCUGAGUUGACCAUGUGGGAGUGUAUGCGUCGACAAGGCCCUGAAAAUAUCCAGAUGUUCAUGGACAACAUGGCCGUAUGGUCUGGAAACCAACCAAAGUACGGGACGUACGAUUUUCGGUGGAUAGUCGACGUCGGGAAAAAACAGCCCGGGCGGCCCCUUGUUGUCGACGUUGGGGCCAGCAGGGGACACGUCACCCAGGCAAUCCUUAAAGCCACGCCUGGCUUGGAUGCCAGUCGAUGUGUGCUGGAAGAUCUACCAGAAGUCAUCGAGGAGCUGAAGAGACUGGACCCUGAAGACUUGAGAGCGUCCAGGAAGAUUGCGAUUGACUUUCACAAAGAACAGCCAGUCAAAGGUGCAUUGAUAUACUUCAUCCGCACAUGUCUCCACGAUUAUGGCGACGACGAAAGUAUCGAGAUAUUGCGCAUUCUUGUGGACGCCAUGGCCGACGACAGCAGGCUACUCAUCUUGGAGCAGGUCCUAUCCAACCCUCCGAAGCUCUUCGGGGCAGUCAUGGACCUGAGCAUGAUGGUCGUCGGCGGCAAGGAGCGCAACAAGGAGCAGUGGUCCGAUAUCGCUGCAAGGUCUGGGCUAAGGAUCCUCAAGAUUCACCAGGAUGGCGAGGAUGCACUAAUGAGCAACAUGACCGAGGUCUCUUCGACCCGCCUCUAUCUGGGAAACCUCCCGCGCUCUGCCACAAAGGAGGAUGUCUCAACCCACUUCUCCAGCCAUGGUACGGGCAAGAUCACCGAGAUCAAGCUAAUGAACGGUUUCGGCUUCAUCGAGUACGAUGACCCCCUGGACGCUCGUGACGUCGUUCCCGCUUUUCACGGUUCGACUUUCAUGGGAGAGCGCCUCACGGUCCAGUUCGCCCGCGGCACCCGCAACCGAGAAGGAGGAAGCGGUAGUGGUGGUGGUGGUGGCGGUGGCGGCGGCGGUUAUGGCGGCGAGCGCUCUGGACCACGGCCUCGACGUACUGCGUUCCGCAUGCAAAUCAGCGGGCUACCCGUUGACACCAGCUGGCAGGACCUGAAAGAUUUUGCUCGGCAAUCCCAGCUCGAUGUGGUCUACUCCGAGACUGGACGGAAUAACAAUGGCGAGGGCUUUGUCGAAUUCGAGACUGCCGCGGACCUGGCCUCUGCCGUUGAAGCCUUGGAUGGCAAGGAAUUCAAGGAUAAGAUCGUCCGCUGUGUUGCGAAUACCCAGCCGGAUCCCCCGCCACGUGAUGGUCGCGGCAGGUCUCGGUCCCCGCCUGGCCGCCGCCCGUACGGCCCCCCUGGUGACGAAUAUGAUCGUCGCGGUCCGCCUCGCGGGUAUAGCCCUCCCCGCCGUGAUGGAUAUCGCGAUGGGUACCGUGAUCGCAGUCCUCCUCGUAGGGAGUACUAUGAUGACCGUGCCCGGUACCGGUCCCCGCCGCGUCAUGGCCGUGGUCCUCCAAUGGAUGACUACCCUCCGCCUCCCCCGCGUGGCCGGUACGAUCAUGACCCGUACCGCCGCGACUACCCCCCUCCUGACCCUUAUGCCAACGGCCGGCCCUACGAUCGACCUCCUCCCCGCGAUUUCCCUCCUAGGGACCCUGGCUAUGCCCGUGAGGGCGGCUAUCCGCGAGAGUACGAUCGCCCAGGACGCUACUGGUAAAUCUACUCCAAAAAAAAACUUUGUCGGGCGUUCGAACCGUCCUUGACUCUUAUUCUUAGAUGCCCGCAGAACAAGACGGGGCUGUCCCACAAUGCAGCCGUGUCGACAAAAAGCAGAUAAUUUUCGCCUCUCCCGAAGAGGGUAUGUAUGACGAAUGAUUGACCUGUGGACUGGAUAUGUUUUGCUUUUAUCCGCGAGUUGUAACCAAAGGUUAUCGGGCUCCACCGGAUCUCGGCUGGGCUUUCUCACUUGUAUACUGGACAAUCACUGUGGCAUGAAACCCUUCCGAUGAACCUCCAGGUCCGUCGCGAGGUUUUAUUUCCAGUGUUUUUUUUUUCCAAGGUCUUGGACAUGGAACUUCCGUUCAUCGUCCAUAAGUGUCAAGGAUUGUUGUGUUUGCCUGGUUUUCUAUUUUUCACAACCGUCGGUUUUUAUCUUCAACCACAGAAUGACCUCACGCCCUUACCACGUCUCUAGCCGGCUUAUGUUUUUUUGGCGUCUUUGUUUGUUCAUUUUAAUCCCAUGAAUGUUAUGAUAUGGAAGGGGGAAAUAGGUGGCUACAUCCUUAUCUUGACGUUGUUGGGGAUGGAUCUGCCAAAGAACAUAUGUAUUCAAAGUAUAUGAAUAGUCAAGGACGGCAUCGAAGCGUUUUUAUUA